CACACUUUAUUCCACUGUAUCCUUUGACAGAUUUAGAGGUUUUUGAAUCUCCUAUUCUGUUUAAUUUGGCAGAGGAUCGAACACACAGAAAGUCUGACUGACUCAACAUCCUGACCACAGCUUUAUUUUAACAUUUCAUCUGAUCUUCAGAGAAUCGAUCCUUCUCACCAUGUCCAAGCAGCGCGUCCAAAACCACCAAGAAGGGGCCUAUAUGUCCCUGAUGAGAGGUUUGAGGGAGCUGGACCUCCGUGGCCCCUGUGUCCCCAGUGACCUGGUGCUGAUUGGAGACCAUGCCUUUCCUUUAGCAAUGAACAGCCGAGGCCAGGUCCUGAUGGCAGCCUCUCUGUACGGCCGUGGGAGGAUCGUGGUCCUGGGUCACGAGGGAUACCUGACGGCCUUUCCUGCUCUGGUAGAAAACGCUCUGACCUGGCUGAGAGGAGAUGGAUCCCACAACCUGUCUGUAGGGGUCCACAAAAACAUCAAGGGAGUCGCUGAUAACCUCAGCAAGUCUAGCUUCAAAGUCUCAGUUGUUGGGGCCUUUACUGAUAAUCGGAAGGUUGGUGUGUACGUGACGGACGCCUACUGCGUUGGUGCAGACGUGAAGGACCUGGUGGCUUUUCUGAAAGCUGGAGGAGGAGUGCUGAUAGCAGGGCAGGCAUGGAACUGGGCUGAAACGCACCCUAAGGAGAACACGCUGCUUCGUUUUGAAGGGAACAAGGUUUCUGGUGUGGCAGGGAUCUACUUCUCUGACCAUGGAGGUGAGGCAGAAUGCCUCCCUGUCUACCCACAGAUCCCAUCCUCCUGGAUGGCUGUAGUAAUCGGCAAGGAUUUUGAGGACGACUUGGAGUUCUUACUCCAGGGGGUGUCAGAGUUUGACCUAACGAACGGGGUAGUAGCUUCUGAGGUCCUGGUCCACGGCCCGCUGGCCUUCCCCAUCGGUACCACCGAGGAUGGACGAGCCUUCUUGGCAGGAGCCUACUAUGGGCAGGGACGGGUUGUUGUGAUCACACAUGAAGGACUCCUAAGACGAGAAACACUGGCUCCAUUUUGGAACAAUGCCAUUCAUUGGUUGGACGAAGGCCGGAAUGGCGUCGUUGGCGUAGAUCCAGAACUCGACGAGGCCUUUAACCUCUUCAGCAAGUCAGAGUUUAAGUGUGAGAAGACAAACUUAAGGGAAGACCUGAGUGUGUUUGUGUGUACAGCGUAUAGCGAUGAACAUGUGGAGGAAAUCCAAGACUUUGUGGCAGAGGGAGGAGGCCUGCUGAUCGGUGGACAUGCCUGGUGGUGGGCACAAACUCAUCCUGGGGAAAACACCCUGACAGAUUUCUCAGGAAACAAGAUCCUUAACAAAAUGGGAUUGAGCCUGCUGGAGCACAUAAUCUGGGAAGGUUCCUUCAAGGCCCCUGUUCCCAGCCAGGCCAUCAAAGACACCUACCACUUCCGCCACCUUUUACACCGCUUCGCUGGUCAUGUCACCGAGGGUGAGGACCUUACAGAGCGGGAGGAGGAAUACCUUAAAAAGCUGGGAAAGGACUGUGCAAACUACUUGCGAAUGAAGGCUCAUGACUGCUCGUCCUACACACAGGUGGUGUCCUCACUCACCGACAUCAUAAAGAAGUCGAACAUGCCACAGGUGUGUGACAGCUGUCCCGUGAAGAGUCCCAAAGAGCACCUGCUCCUCAGUGUGGCGGCAGAGGUGUACAAGGUUUGCCCCGAUCCUGAUGCCCUCCUGCCCUACCUCAUCAAGGACAACCCCUUGAUGCCAGUCGUCUACAACCACAGAAUCAAGAUUAAUGCUAACACAGCAGGAGAGGAGGAGUGGAUCAGUACAGGUCUGUACCUCUCUCCUGGUAUGAAGACCUACAUGUCCACACCAGCAGAGAUUGUCAAUGAGGGAUGGGAGAUCCAGAUCGGUUGUCAAACAGACCACCUGGAACAUGAAGAGUUGAAGAGAGCGCCGUGUGUUCACGAGCGAUUUCCUGUUACUUCAGAGAUGAUGCAGGUGUGGAACCUGUGGGGGGGACUCAUCUACCUGGUGGCUCCACCCGACACACAAGUGGAGGGGGUGGAGGUCACAGUGCAGAUGGCUGUACCUGCACCAUACUAUAAAGCUGGUGUGACCACAGCGGCUGAUUGGUUGUCGCUGCGCACAGCCCCCUCCCCCUGGGCAGAGCUGGAGUUUGACAACAUCAUCCUCACCGUACCGUCAGACUCCGUUCGGAGCCUGGAUCGCCCCGAUGAGUUGGCGGCGUUUUGGGAUAACAUCAUGAGGAACAUCGCUGAUCUUGCUGCCAAACCCCACAAAUUUCCGCGCAAGGAACGUUUUGUAACUGAUGUGCAGAUCUCCUAUGGUUGGAUGCAUGCUGGUUAUCCCAUCAUGACACACCAGUCCACAGCAGCCGAGCUGGUCAGCGUUGACCAUAUUAGGAGUGAAGGCUUGUGGGGGCCCAUCCAUGAACUGGGACACAACCAACAGAGAGACUGCUGGGAGUUCCCACCACACACCACAGAGUGCACGUGCAACAUAUGGUCAGUGUAUGUGCAUGAAGAGGUGCUGGGGAUCAACAGGGAAAAGGCUCAUCCAAAUAUAACUUUGGAAGGUCGAAAAAGUCAAAGAGAGGAGUAUGUGAAGGGAGGCAAGGACCUCAGCAGCUGGGAAAUGUGGGUGGCCCUGGAGACAUACAUGCAGCUCCAGGAGAAGUUUGGCUGGGACGCCUUUAAGAAGGUGUUUGCCGCCUACCACGAGAUGAGCAACUUUCCGGAGGACAACCCUGGAAAGAUGAACCUGUACGCUGUGACUUUCUCCCAGACUGUGGGGAUGAAUCUGUCUGCGUUCUUUAAGUCCUGGGGCUGGCCCAUAGAAACAGCCACUGAGGAGAAACUCUCCAACCUGCCUUCCUGGAGCGACCACCCCAUGGUCCAGUAUGACUGAACUUCUGCUGAUUAAAAGUGCAGAUACUCACACACUUUGCACAGAGAACACGCCCAUAUGACAAAAAAAAACCCAGAUGCCAUUAAUCAGACAGGUUGACAGGACUGGUUGUCUGCUAGAUUAGUGCGUACAUGUGCACUUGUUUUAUUUGGUAAUGCCAAAUGUAAUCCCACAUUACAAAAGCUGUUUGCAUGCAGCUUCAUGUUAAAGAUUUUAAUCUAACAGCAUGAGUAAAAGACAUUCAUAGGUCAGCAGGCAUCUUCAGUUGGGAGCUGACUCUUGGGACUUUCUUUCACAGCCGUAUUACCUCCUGUAGCUUAAUCUUUACAGGCUCAUGGAUGAUUCAUGUGUGGCUCAGAACGUAAUUGUUUUUUUUAUGUUUAAUGAUGGAAAAUGAUUAAAGUUAUGUUUUCGAGACGACUUAUUGGUUCAACUAUGUGUGUGUUUAUGUUAAUUUGCCUUCAUUUUCACUGGAAAAUAUCUAAUUAUAAAGCAUGGAAUCUGUCUGUCUGUCUGUCUCUAGUGUGUGUGUCCUUCCCAUACCUCGAGAAACUCAUCUGCUCU